AAAAAAACAGGAAGUGAAGUCCCCGAGCACCGGCAUGUCAAAAAGCCCAGCCAUGGCGUGACUGGGACAGCUCAGGGCAGGGCAGAAGUGGGGCCACUGAGCCAGGCUGACUGCCUGCAUGGACGCUCUGAAGCCAUCAGGUCCCUGGAGGAACCAGGGUUGAGGAAGCAGGGACAGGGGCUCCUGAGCCAGGAAGAACUGGAAGCCAGGAAGCCCCAUUCGCAGGAAGCAUCGGGGCAUUCGGCUCCUCACAGGGUCAGAAUUUCCUGUUGCUAGUCACAAAGAUGCUUUUUAUUUUUAACUUCUUGUUUUCCCCACUUCCAACCCCGGCACUGAUCUGCCUCCUGACGUUCGGAACAGCCAUCUUCCUGUGGCUAAUCAACAGACCUCAGCCAGUUCCACCUCUCAUUGACCUGAACAACCAGUCUGAGGGGAUUGAGGGAGGAGCGCGGAGGGGCGCUUUCCAGAAGAGCAACGACCUAAUACUUUAUUACUUCUCAGAUGCCAAGACAGCGUAUGAAAUUUUCCAAAGAGGACUUGCUGUGUCUGACAAUGGACCCUGCUUGGGAUACAGAAAACCAAAUCAGCCCUACAAAUGGUUAUCCUACAAACAGGUGUCUGAUCGAGCAGAGUACCUGGGCUCCUGUCUGUUGCAUAAAGGAUAUAAGCCAUCACCAGACCAAUUUGUUGGCAUCUUUGCUCAAAAUAGGCCAGAGUGGGUCAUCUCUGAGUUGGCUUGUUAUACAUAUUCCAUGGUAACUGUUCCCCUGUAUGACACCUUGGGAUCAGAUGCCAUCAUAUAUAUUAUCAACAAAGCCAAUAUCCCUGUGGUCAUCUGUGAUACGCCCCAGAAGGCAACAAUGCUGAUAGAGAACGUAGAAAAGAGCCUUACUCCUGGGCUGAAGACAAUCAUCCUCAUGGACCCCUUUGAUGACGACCUGAAGCAAAGGGGACAGAAGUGUGGAAUAGAGAUGUUAUCCCUGUCUGAUGCUGAGAAUCUAGGCAAAGAAAACUUCAAAAAACCCGUGCCUCCAAACCCAGAAAACCUAAGUAUCAUCUGUUUCACCAGUGGAACCACAGGUGACCCCAAAGGAGCUAUGAUCACCCACCAGAAUGUUGUUUCAAACACUGCCGGUUUUCUCAAGUUACUGGAGCCUACUUUCCAUCCCACCUCUGAGGAUGUGACCAUAUCCUACCUCCCCUUGGCCCAUAUGUUUGAGAGGAUUGUUCAGGCUGUCCUAUUCUCCUGUGGAGGCAGAGUUGGGUUCUUCCAAGGAGAUAUCCGGUUACUGCCUGAUGAUAUGAAGACUUUGAAGCCCACGGUGUUUCCCACAGUGCCUCGACUCCUUAACAGGAUCUAUGAUAAGGUACAAAAUGAAGCCAAGACACCCUUAAAGAAGUUCUUGUUGAACCUGGCUAUCGACACUAAAUUCAAUGAAGUGAAAAAUGGUAUUGUGAGGCGUGACAGUUUGUGGGACAAGCUCUUCUUUUCAAAGAUCCAGGACAACCUGGGUGGGAGGAUUUGCCUCAUGAUCACUGGAGCUGCCCCCAUUUCUGCUCCGGUCUUGACAUUCUUCCGGGCAGCAUUGGGAUGUCCGGUGUUUGAAGCUUAUGGCCAAACAGAAUGCACAGCUGGAUGUACAAUCACAUCACCUGGGGACUGGACAGCAGGUCACGUUGGGACCCCCGUGGCUUGCAAUUUUGUGAAGCUGGAAGACGUAGCUGAUAUGAACUACUUCUCAGUAAACAAUGAAGGCGAGAUCUGCAUCAAAGGCAACAAUGUGUUCCAAGGCUACCUGAAGGACCCUGAGAAGACACAGGAAGCAUUGGACAAGGAUGGCUGGCUUCACACUGGCGACAUUGGUCGCUGGCUUCCUAAUGGAACUCUGAAGAUCAUUGACCGGAAAAAGAACAUUUUCAAGUUGGCACAAGGAGAAUACAUUGCUCCAGAGAAGAUAGAAAACAUUUACAUCAGGAGUAGACCGGUGUCACAAGUGUUUGUUCAUGGGGAGAGCUUGCAGUCGUCGCUUGUGGGAGUGGUGGUUCCUGAUCCAGAUGUGCUUCCUGCAUUUGCUGCCAAGAUUGGGGUUAAGGGAUCCUUUGAAGAAUUGUGCCAAAACCAAAAUGUAAAGAAAGCCAUUUUUGAAGACUUGCAGAAAGUUGGAAAAGAAGGUGGCCUGAAAUCCUUUGAACAGGUCAAGAACAUCUUUAUCUACCCAGAGCAAUUCUCCAUUGAAAAUGGGCUCUUGACACCAACAUUGAAGGCAAAACGAGUAGAGCUCUCCAAAUUCUUUCAGACCCAAAUCAAGAGCCUCUAUGAGAGUAUCCAGGAGUAGGUUAAGGUACUUACUGCUAAAGGGACCCUGAGAAGCCUGUUGCCCACUCCUUGCUGCAUGAGAAAAUGUGAAUUAAAAACUCUUCCUCCCUUCUCUUUCCUCGUACCUGUUUUAUCUACUGUACUAUCAAACCAUAAUUAUUUAUUUGUAAUACUAAGAUACUUACAAUGUGGGAAUCUGGCCCAGAGCUAAGACCCACUCUUCCCAGCUUAGAUUUUGUUGACAUUAUGUUUUUUGGCUACUUGGUCACCAUUUGUGUUUUGUGCCACUUCAUUAUAAUCACCAACCCUUGGGUCAUCUUUGAGUGCUCACUAGUUCAAGGGUUAAAGGGUCCCCUUGGAUGCCUGUUUUAUAAUAAAAUUUUGCUUGCUGGCAGGCUAAGCACUUACUUAUGUCUUUCUAAGACAUUAAGUGAUUUUCAAGUUCUAAACAAUCUGUUGAUAAUUCAUAUUUUCCAGUUAUUUCACAAAACCACUAAUAUUUUCUGGAAAGUUUUAAUGUGUCACUUGUGCUAAUCCUAUUUCUGUGACAGAUUUCUUCUGUGUACUUCUGUGUACGCUAAAAUCUAUGUCAAAGGGAAAAGCUUGCAUAUGCUAAGUGUUGCUUAACUUUCCUAGUUAGACUUCCAAGUUGGGACUAUUAAAACACAGCAUAGGUUGUGUAAAAGGAGAAUGCUGUUCUAAAGCAUUAUCUAUAGUGGUAGCUGGUGAUGUCAUCUGUUCUCUACAGUUUGCUGACCUGGAAGCUCUGGGGGAAGGAGUGGAAACAAAUGUCCAGUGACUUUUCCCAGUAAAUGAAGCGAGCACUGAAUUAAACCUGCACUGGGACAAAGAUCUAUGGGCAAGCAUGAUGCCUGCACAACAGGCUUACCUUCUGUGAAGCAAUCUACUGAUAUUUCUCCUGUAGUACCUUACUGUUAGAUAGCAUGUGGUGCCCUUACUUGUAAAUGUACAACCUUUGAAAUAAACUAAUGCAGAUAAUUUA